AUGUCAAAGGCAGUAUGCUUCAUUUUCAUAAUUUUUGUUUUGUCACAUGAAGCUGAAGGCCGUGCCCUUCGAAGCAGUGAUUCUGAGUUGGUUUCUAAUGGAGUUGAUGAUGUUCAACUCAAAAAUUCACACCUGUAUCUCAAAGGAAGUGAGUCUUCUGGGAAGUAUUGUGAGCAAAUGUAUGGUUUCUUGCCAUGUUCCAAUAACAUUUUGGGUCAUCUCUUUCUAAUUUUGGUUUAUGAGUACUUGUUAUUCCAUGGAGAAUCAUACUUAGCUGAUGGAGGUGAACAAGUCUUCAAGAUUCUAGGACCUGGCAUAUUUGGUGCUAGAGCCUUUGAUAUUCUUCGUGCACUUCCUGAGCCUUUAAUUAUUCUUGUUUCUGGACUUUCUAGUGAUACAGAGAGUGCACAAAAGUAUACUUCCACUGGAGUAGGCUUGUUGGCUGGAUCAUCCAUCUUACUUCUUACAUUAGUGUGGGGAACUUGUGUUAUCAUUGGCAGUGAAAAGUUGAAAAAUGACCCUAUAUUUGGUGACUCUAGUGCCUCAGAUUCAUCAAGUGCAACCAUAAAAGAAUUAUUAACUGGUUUUGGUGUUACUUUGGAAGUAGACACUAUGAAGAAAGCAAAAAUCAUGGUUUUGUCAGUUAUACCACUCAUCAUAAUGCAAAUUCCCACUUUAUUCCAAUUUUCUUCAACACCACUUGCUGUGACCUUAAUGAUUGCCCUUAUUCUUGAUCUCAUUUUUCUCAUCUCAGCCUUCGUUUACCAGAUUUUUACACCCCAUAUUGAGAAAACGAGACUAGAAUAUGUAAAACAUGGUCAAUUGAUAUUAAGAAUUUUUCAACGUGUUGAAAAGCAAACUCUGGAAAUGAUCCUUACUGAGGAUGGAACUCCCAAUGUUGCUGCCAUAAAUGGGAUAUAUAAUGAAAUCAGUCAACAAGGGACCAAGGAUUUAUUAGUUUCUGAAAUAAAAGAGAGGAUACUUAAUAAGGAUGCUACUGAAACAAAUAUCAAAGAGGAACAAAUAGCAGAAAUGUUAAGAAUUUUUGACCGAAAUGGUGAUCAAAUUAUAACCAAGGAAGAAUUUGUCGAAGGCUUGACAGAAUUUAUUAACCAAGCAAAGCAUGCUUUGGACAGACACUACCUCCCCAAAAAGGCACUGAACAAAAUGUAUCAGGUUUUCAUCAAGCCAUGGAUUGAACACACAAGAAAAGAACGCGAAUUGAGGGGACGUGUUAUAUCUGAAGUAUUAAGGCAUGCUCAGAAUGAUAUAGUUGGCAGGCUUUGUAAAGAUGAUGGGACACCUGAUGAAUCUGUGAUCAGAAGGUUAUUUGAAGAAAUUGAUACCAAUGGGGACAACCAUGUCUCAAGAUCUGAGUUAGAAAAACUAGUCAAGGACAUUCAAUUUGUUAAUGCAGAGGUGGCAAUUACAAAAAUGUUUCAAGAACUUGAUAUUAAUAGAGACAAUGAAAUAAGUGAGAAGGAAUUUGUUGAUGGGUUUACAAAAUGGAUAAACACAAAUUACUGUCACAAUCAUCACUCAUCUCUGCCUUAUGGAAACCUUCAAACCUGGGAAGAGGUUGAAAAGCUGGUGGAAGAUAAGCAAAGCAAAGGAGUAUAUGCAUGGUUGAGUGCUUUAGGAUAUGUGGUGCUGGGAAUUACUAUGCUGUCUCUUCUUGCAGAGCCCCUGAUAGCCAGUGUUGAGAAAUUCUCUGAAGAAGCAGGAAUUUCAUCAUUUUUCAUAUCAUUUAUUUUAGUCCCCUUGGCUACAAAUUUUAGAGAAACUACCUCAGCAAUCAAAGAAGCUAGCCAUAAGAAGAGAAGAAACACUUGUCAAACAAUAUAUGAGAUUUAUUCAGCUGUGUUCAUGAACAACAUUCUUUGCUUUGUGGUGAUCUCCAUUCUAAUAUAUGUUAGAGAUAUAAAUUGGGAAUUCUCAGCUGAUGUACUUGUUGUAGCAAUUGUAUGUGCUGUAAUGGGCCUCACUGCAAGUUUUCGCUCAAGUUUCCCUCUUUGGACAGCCAUACCAGCAUACCUCUUAUACUUCCUAUCAUUACUUUUACUGGUUGUUCUCAAAGAUGUUCUGAAUUAUGUUUAG